CAAUUCCCGAUCCAUUGCUAAAACCUUUCAAGCUCCAUGUCCGCAGCUUCCGACGUUCUUCCUACCAUUCCCGACAAUUGGGACGUCUGCCAGAUCCCCUCGCUCAAGGGCAAAGUGGCGGUAGUCACGGGAUCCAACUCCGGGAUCGGGUACGAGACGGCGUUACAACUGGCACGCAAAGGGGCCCACGUAGUACUGGCCUGUCGAGACGAAACCAAAGGUCUCGCUGCUGCUGCCACACUAGACGAACUUCUCGGUACCGAACCAGAGCGUGGAUCCUUUCAAUUCCUGCAACUAGACGUGGGCGACCUCAAAAGUGUCCGUGAGUUCGCAGAGUCGUUCAAACGGGGUCAUGAUCGGAUAGACCUGCUCAUCAAUAACGCUGGGGUCAUGGGUGGGAGCUACGCGCUGUCAGUGGAUGGAUACGAGCGUCUAUUCGCAACCAACCACUUGGGUCACUUCGCACUAACGGCUCAGUUGUUCGAACUCCUAAAGCAAAGUCGUGCUGGUCGGGUCGUCAACGUCAGUAGCGGACUCCAUAAGAGAGGGGAGGCGAGUUUCAAUGAGGAUGAAAUCAUGGUCACCAGUGAGAGCAAAUUCGGCCAGGUUCAAACGUACGGGGAGACCAAGCUGUGCAAUAUUUUAUUUACGGUCGAGCUGGACCGACGUAUUAAAGCUGCGGGGAUUGAGACCGUCACGGCAGUGUCGUGUCACCCUGGGUACGUGGCGACGAACUUGGGGGCAAACAUGGCGGCGGCCAACAAUAAUUGGCUCUACUGGUUGCUGAUUAAAUUCAUGACGCUGUUACCUGGGGGCAAGAGUCCGGAAAUGGGGGCCAUGCCGACGCUGUACGCUGCUACCGGAAACGAGGUCGUGGGUGGGGACUACAUUGGACCGAAAGACAGAACCACGGGAUCACCAGCUCGCCAUGAACCGGCGAAACUCUGCAAGUCGGAACCUGCUGGGAAGAAGUUGUGGGCGUUCAGUGAGAAGCUGGCAAGCUUGACUUUUGUCGUUGAGAAGUAAGAGGUUUAUAUCCGUACACUUGAAGAGUACACGUAAUAUAGUGUCAGAUUUCGGAGCACUGCUAUACGAAAUGACUCAAAACUGACGCGAGAGAGGAUUAGUACAUGCAUCUGCUUUUGCUUCUUUCUUUAAUAACGCUCUGUCCCCUUAUCUACGA